GGAAGAAAACCACUGUGAAUCCGACACGGAAUAGCCCUAGGGCUCCAAAUUCCGUCGUCUUCAUCCAUUCGCCUCAAUUACAUUCGACCUCUAACAUUCGCAGCAAUUCCUGAAGAACAGUGAUGGGGAAGAAGAAAACCACCGACCCCAAAAAUACCCCCGACGAUAUCGCCACUGUUUCUGCUCCGUUCAGCGUUUUCGAGACUCUGUUCGGCAGGGCCGGAGUAGAAAACCCCGGCGUCUCUAUCUUCUCCAGUGACAAUCCUUUUCGUAGGAAAGAUUCAGAUUCCAAUCCUGCACCUGCUGAAAAAUCUCCUACUGGUACCUCUGAUACUCGUUAUGUCGAUGAUGUAAAGAGUAGGAAGAAAGGCAAGGAGAAAAGGGUUGGUACUGAUUUGGAUUCUGCCGAGGAAGGUGUUAAAAGUUCGUCGGAGAUUAAGAAAUCGAAGAAGAAGGAGAAGUCUCGGGACCGCGGAUUGGAUAAUGUAGAUGAUGAUGAUGAUGGAGAAAGGGGUUCCAAAUCGCAAGGCGUAUUGAAGAAGAAUAAGAAGAAAAGUGCUGUUUUGGGCUCUGAAACUACAGAAAAGAGUCCCGAAUUUUCCGGAGAAUUGAAGAUGGAUGACCAAAGGGUUGACAGUAAACUCGGUGAGAAUGUGAAAUCGAUGAAAGAGAGGAAGAAGAGGAAGAGAGAUGAACUUGAGAGAGAGUAUGAAACGAAAAAGUAUGGUGUAUCAGAAGUAGCUGAAGAUGAAGGGGAAGGUUCAGGGGGCAAUGUUGUUGGGAAGAAGAGGAAAGCAUUGGAUGAUUCUUCAGAGAUGAUGGUUACAAAGGAAGGAUUUGAUGAUGAAAGCAAGCUUUUGAGAACUGUGUUUGUUGGGAAUUUGCCAUUGAAAGUCAAGAAGAAAGCUUUAGGCAAGGAGUUUAGCCAAUUUGGAGAGAUAGAAUCUGUUAGGAUCCGGUCUGUACCAAUUGACAUUGCCAAUAGCAAAAAACCGAGGAAGGGGGCAAUCCUUUCUAAGAAACUCAACGAAGCUGCUGACAGUUCUCAUGCAUUCGUCGUUUUUAAAACGGAGGAAUCAGCACAGGCUGCUUUGUCUCAUAACAUGGCUGUGUUUGCAGGAAAUCAUAUACGUGUAGAUAGAGCAUGCCCACCGCAUAAAAAGUUGAAAGUAGGAAAUGGGCCGAUCUAUGAUCCCAAGAGAACUGUUUUUGUGGGUAACCUUCCAUUUGAUGUAAAGGAUGAAGAACUGUAUCAAUUAUUUUGUGGAAUCAGCAAUAUGGGAUCCAGUGUUGAGGCUAUUCGGGUCAUUAGGGAUCCCAAGGUGAACGUAGGGAAGGGCUUUGCAUAUGUCUUCUUUAAAACAAGGGAAGCAGCAAACUCCGUAGUUAAUAAUCAAAAACUAGAGUUGCGUGGUCGAACACUGAGGCUCUUUCAUGCCAAACCAAAUCCAACAUCGACGCCACUUACGAAACGGAAGAGGCCACCUACAGAAGCUGAUUACACCCCAGCAAAGAAAAAUGCAGUGGCUUCAGGUGUAGGGACACCAGACAGCAGCAAAAGGGUAACGCCGAAAGCGACUAUUGCAUCCUAUCAGGGCUUGCGUGCGAGCAAGAGUGGUUCCCAGAAGAAGAUCCAUACCAAAGGAAGUAGCACGAAAUGGCCGAAAUCACAUUCAAACAGUAAAGAGAAGCCAGUGGAUCACAAGAGGAAAAGACCAGAGAAGACAAGUGAAAGAAAGGGGAAAAGACCAGCAGUUGCCAACAGAAAGGCUGUGGUGAAGGCGACGAAAAAUGGCGUUGCAUCGCCAAAACAGGCUGGGGUGAAGCGCAAGUCCGAUAGCCGAACUCCAGGGAGCUCUCAAAGGAACAAGAGAGUCAAAAGGUUUAGAUAGGAAACACCGGAGGAAACAAAGAUCAUAUUGAAACUUUCUCUGUAUUAUUUUAUUUAUGUGGCUUAUUGACCGACUUCUGGAUCAAGGAAAAGUUGGCACAAAUCUACUUUUUGAUGCCGUUUUUGUCUCUCAUUGACAUGUUAAUUAAGACGUCGUUAACUGCCGGUUUUGGUUUUUGGCUUUUGGCUUUGAAAAA